UGUCUACCUCCUCGACAUUCAAGCAGAAGAAGGAGCUAGAGAGCAUGAGAAACCCCAUCGAGAAUCCAGGAAGUGCCAGCCUGCAAGACGGCUCUGCGUCCAUCGCGGCUUCGCACCCACACCUGCAACCGCACGGCCAAACGCAAACGCAGACUGUCUACAUUCCAACGCAUCCACCACCUACGCCAGCACCGUCUCCAGGACCCGCCGCGCAUCCCGCACCCUCCUAUCAGCCCGAGCCAUACGGGCUGGCACUCUACCACCACCCUCAAUCAUACCCCAACGCCAACGCUCUCGUCCUCAGCAACUCCAACAAUGUCAACAGCGGAAGCGCCGCCCUCGCCUCGCAGCCCACCCCCGCCGCCCGGCUGGCUUUCCUCUCCUCGAUCAUCAGCUCGUGCACCUUCCCUGAGCUGCUCUUCCUCUCACAGACGAUCGCACCGCUGCUGAAGCGUGAUUUUCUGAGCUCGUUGCCGACGGAGCUUGCGCUGCAUGUGCUGAGCUUCGCGGAUGAGCCGAAGACGCUGACGAGGGCGGCGCAGGUGUGUAGACGAUGGAGGGCGGUGGCGAGGGAUGAAGGGGUGUGGAGGCAGCUGUGUGUAUAUUUUGGGUUUGAUAAUGUCGGUGGAGAGGAGGAGUUGUGGGAUGAAGAGGAGAGGAGGAGACGGGCGAAGAAGGGAAAGGGGAGGGACAGGAGGAGGGUUUUGGGACAGGGUCAUGAGGAAGAGGUACGAGAAGGAGAGCAGUCGUCAUCUUCGCGGAUGAUUCGACGCCGUCGACCACCAGAUAAACACGGCCUCGACCCACCCAUACUCCAAUUUUCAUGGAGAAGACAUUUCAGGAGCUCGUACAUUGUUCGCAUGAACUGGCGACAUGGGGGGACGCUUCUCCAGUCCCAUCGCCUGCUCAUCGUUUCCCCCGACAGCGGAACCGUCACCUCUCUCGCACUGGACGGACAGUGGGUCGUCGUAGGCUUGUCCAACUCCAAGAUCAAGGUCUACUCCGCGAAGACGGGUAUCCUUGCACGCACCCUUGUCGGGCAUGAAUCGGGCGUAUGGGGAGUCUGCCUCGUCUCAGCAGGCGGGUGGCUGGAAGUGCCGAAUCCCCACCGUGGCGGCGAUGGCGAUGGGGAAUUUGCCGUGCCUGGCCAGGACGUUGUCGAAGAUCUACUCGCAGAGGAACGUAGGAGGAAGGAAAGCAGGGACAAGAAGAAGAAGAAAGGAGCUACGAAGAAGGGAUCGGCGCCCAAACGCGACAAGAAACCCUUAGACAAACCGAAAGUCAGAGAAGGCGAAGACCGUACGCUCCGGGAUGGCUUCUCUGGCCUCCAGGUCGGUGUGGCUGGAGGACAGGUGGGAACAGGCGGCGAUGGUAUGCAAGUCGUGCCAUCGCAGUCGCUCGCAUAUACCUUGCCGCCUGCGCUGCGCGUCGCCCUUGGGCUAUCAGUGGAUACGUCCUCCGAAGAAGGCUCCUCUAGUGGGACGUCAGAACCUGAGUCAUCGUCCGAGCAAGAGUCAGAGGUCGGGAAAGGGCAGGUGGCCGAGGACAGUAGUGCAGGACGGGGCAGAGGGCGGGGUAUGGAGAGAGCAAAGACGGAGUCGGAGGAGUCUGAGGAAGAGAGCACGAGUCGGAGCAGGACGAGGACGAGGAUGGCGCCGCCUGGGCCUGGUAGACCUUCCAAUCCCUGCUUUUCGUCGAGCGGCUGGGGUCAGCCUAACGCGCUCGUUGUGACUGGAGGGUGUGAUAAGUCGUUGAGGGUGUGGGACGUCGAUUCUGGGCGCUGCAUAUACGUUCUGCACGGACACACUUCCACCAUCCGUUCCCUACGUGUGCUGCACCACCGCCCCAUCGCCGUCUCCGGUGCGCGUGACGCGACGCUCCGCGUCUGGGAUGUACAGAAGGGCCUGUGCCUCCGCGUGCUGGAGGGCCACCAGUCGAGCGUGCGGUGUCUAGACGUGUGUGGGAAUAGGGUUGUGAGUGGGAGCUACGAUGCUACAUGUCGGGUGUGGGACAUCGACACGGGCGAGUGCCUCCAUGUCCUGCAAGGGCACUUCCAUCAGGUCUACUCGGUCGCGUUCGACGGUGUGCGGAUCGCAUCUGGCGGGUUGGACACGACGGUGCGGAUAUGGAGCGCACAGACGGGGCAAUGCCUCGCGCUCUUGCAAGGCCAUACCGCGCUUGUGUGCCAGCUGCAGUUCUCGUCCCCGUCUCGUUUCUCCUCUGCCGGCGACACGGACAUCCCAAACCCUUCCUUCCCGUCCUCCUCAACCCAACCCGACACAUCUUCUUCCUCAUCAACCUACCCACCCGUCCUCUCCACUCCCAUCCUGGCGACCGGCGGCUCCGACGGGCGCGUCAUCACCUUCUCCCUUCAGACCUACACGCCUCUGCACCGCAUCGCAGCACACGACUCCUCCGUGACCUCCCUCCAGUUCUCUCCCUCCCUCGGGUAUCUGGUGACGGGCGGGAACGAUGGGCGGGUGCGGCUCUUCGAGGUGGCUAGUGGGCGGUACGUGCGAGAGUUAUGUGAGCCGGGGGAGUGUGUUUGGAAGGUUGGCUUUACGCGAUCACGAGAGGGCGGGCUUGCAUACAAUCGUGGAACAGGUGCAGGUGUGCGAGUGCAAGUGCAAGGAGGAGGAGGAGAAGGCGAGGUCCUUGCAAUUACGUGUAAGAGAGGAGGAAAGACUGGGGUCGAUAUUUGGAGUAUGGGCGUUGGCGCUGGGAAGUUUCAGAAGACGAUGCGGAGGAGUGCAAGUGGGAAGGGGAGGGAGAAGGCAAAGGAGAAGAUCAAGAGGUCCGAGGUAUCGAUGGACGGCAAGGAUGUCUCAUGAU